GAUGUUAAUUAGCUUCAGUGCUACUCUACCAUCUCUACAAGACAAAGGCACACAUGAACAGAAAAACCUGAUGCACCACAGUAGACAUGUUUGGAACACAACCUGGCUUUGAUGCAUUAUAUGCGUACAGCAAAACCUUAUGCACCACAGUAGACUUUGAUACAUUCAUGAUGGCCGAUGUGUGGGUAAAGUUUGUUAAUGUGCCACUACAAUGUUGGAACAAGAUUGCGUUUGAUUGCUUGGGGUCCAGGGUGGGAACCCCCUUGCGAAGAGACCAAGGAACCAAAGCUAGGGGAAGGGUGAGUUUUUGUAGAAUGUUGAUUAGGAUCGACAUGUCGAAGGAACUUCCUUUGUCCUUUGAAGUUAAUCUACCUGACGGUGACAAGUACACCCAAAGGGUUGUGUAUGAGGGCCUCCCAAAGUACUGCUACCGUUGCAAAAACUUUGGACACAACCUUUUAAAUUGUAGAGUCCUCCGGGCUUUACAUCACAGGAAACUGGGUGACUUCACUGCCAAAAUUUCGGAGCACUUUAGAGCGGAGAAACUGCCCAGUAAAGGUGGAAAAACCACUGCCAAUACCCCUUCCAGUAAGGGUCCAAGCAGUGGGGAAACUUCCAUACGGGCAAGGCAAAGACAGGUGAGGUGUAAACCAGUAAAUGGAGAUGGCAGUGAGGCCCCUGGCAGUGUCUCUGCCCUGCCCAAACCAGUGGUUAAAACCCCUCCUUUGAAACCGUUGGAAGGUGUUGAUGUGGUGCAAUCGGUUGAUGAGGGGACGAGUCACUUGAAACCUACCAAGACUGUCCCGGAAACCAAACAAAAACAGAAGAAGGCUACCAAGACCAUUGAUAACCCGAGUGAUGGCAACAAAGGGCUGGACAGUGGGUCUGGCGCACCAAAACCAGUGUCUAAACCAGCGCCUAAGCCUCCUAAUUUGGGACAGGUUGAUGGCCUUGAUGGGGCUGACUUGCGUGGUGAAAAGGCUGGCCAAAGGGUACCCCCAGCAGCUGUGACAAAGCCAGUUGAAGCCACGACAAACAAGAAGAAUAAAACUGCCAACCAUGAAAGAAGUGGAUGGGAAAGCUGCUUUGCUCCUUGGGCAGUGCAUGAAGACCAAGCGACGUCCAAGCCGGAGGCCAAUGAAGCAAAGGGAAACAUGAAGAGAGCAAAGCACAAGAAACCUUCAGAACCGGAUGGGGUGGUUGAAACCCACAAUGAAACUACGUCUUCCUACUCCUCGGGGGAGGCUAAAUCUGCGUGGAGAGUAGCCCAAGACAAGCAAAAGGAAGAGUGGAUUGAUCGCCUACUCAAGGCAGCCCUGCUUCGAGUGGAUAGAAAUGACGCCAAACGUCCAAACUCCAAAGCUUGCACCGGAUUUGCUUAGAAAGAAAAUUGAAAAAAACCCCCAAGUACUCUACUUGAUGCCUAUGGCGAAGUAUUGAGUAGCAAGGAGUAUAUGAAGGUGGUUAAUGCUAUGCGUGCAUCUAAGCAAACAUAGUUUAGAUUUAUGUAUUUUUCCACCUUGAUUGUUUGGCAUGACUUGCUUUUGAUUUUAUAGGGGUAUGCCCCGGUGCAUUGUAUGUUUAUUCCGUGAAUGUACUUUGUAAUGACUCUUGGAUAUUAAUAAUUUACAUUUUAUCCU